AUGUUGGCUGCCUUCAAAUCAAAAAUUAACAUUUGCUUUGUACUAGAACUGAUGCAAGAAUCACUUCACGAUGUUUUGAAGCGGAAACGUGGACAUGUGAUGAAUGUGAAGGACGUUGCACAAAUGACGGAUUGUGUGGCGAAAGCUCUGCACGGUACGUUCUGCGGAACACAGGGAUAUAUGGCACCCGAAAUAGUCACUCGCUCAAAACAGACAACAGCCGUCGAUUGCUUUUCUCUGGGAAUCGUAAUUCAUCAAUGUUCUCAAGGGACACUACCAUUCCAGCUGCCGACGGGGCAUGUAUCUGAGUACAUAGUCUCAAAAUGCAAAUAUGAUCCACCAGUGCAGAUGAACAUGAGCAUCCGCGGUGUGACCCAAAUGCUCGUUAAAAAAAUGCCGAAGAGAGAUGGACGGCCGAUCAAGUACUUGCAAGUCAGCUCAUCACGGACUAUCACCAUCAAACACAAGAUGACGUCUACAAGCAGGAACGUCAACUCAUUUAAAUAA